AUGUAUUCAUCCAGCACAUCGGACACUCCAGAGAAGUGGGGAGUAAUCUAUCAUAAUACCCUACCCGAACUUUUGCUAUCUUCUCCUGGAGAAAACAGUAUGGAAGAUUCCGAGAAAGGAAAGAGCGAAGACAAGCAUGACAACAACGACGACGGCGACGCGCCCGGCCCCACAGAGAUCACGAAGGUCAUGGAUGACGAGGAUAUAUAUGAUAACUUUGACGAGAGGGCGGUCGAAGCUGCCAUGGCGUACGCCAAUACCCGGUCCAACACAAUGUCGGCCAGACGGAUUGCAGAAAGAGUCCAUCUGACAGACUGGACCAAAGCCGCGGAAGUGUGGGGGAUACGGCUAGGAGAUCUCCGCGACCCGCCCGGUGGGAGGCAGAUAGUCGAGGUCCCAGAGGCAGCCAGACUUAGUCCCAAGUAUGGCUUGUUCCCGCACCAGGUCCCGGGAACCACGCAGCUGCUAGAGAGGGCCCUCGGACCUCUUGGCGGCUGCCUCCUAGCCGAUGAAAUGGGGCUAGGAAAGACUAAUGUUGUCCUAGGCGCGUUCUACCUUAACUACGUUGCCGUAUUACGAAGUUACGCGCCUAGCGUGUACCGGAAAGUGUUUCCUGAGGGAACCUUUCCGGGCAUGUCAGAAGACGGUAAAGCAUGGCUUGAGACACGACAUGUCAAGAAACAAACUCCUAUCACCCGAUUCAUCAAGGCGAUCAAAUGA